AAAUUAAGGCACCACAGAGCCCUUUGGGGGAAACAGCAGUGUUGACAUAUGAGCAUAGUGACAUCCUGCCAAAGUCUUGAUGUCACAAUGGAAAUGCUUAUGUAAAUAUGCAACCAUGUGUCUAAGUCCUUGAGACGCCAGCACCUGAGAAAUAACAAAAUAAAAUGCUGGUCAAGAGGAAGCAAAAACUGCUACGGAGAACUCAGGAGAUGGCAAAUAGUCAGAGAAAAGCAAAUGUAGCACUAAAGUACAACAAAGAAAAGAAGAUUGCCAUAGCCAGGAUCAAUCUGGAUGUGAUGGAGCUCUUAGAGGAAGACCUCACCUGUCCCAUUUGUUGUGGCUUGUUUGAUGAUCCUCGGGUUUUACCUUGUUCUCACAACUUUUGCAAGAAGUGUUUGGAGGGAAUCCUAGAGGGAAAUGUCCGGAGUGUGGUUUGGAGACCACCUCCCCUUUUCAAGUGUCCUACCUGCCGGAAGGAGACGCCUGUUACAGGAAUCAACAAUUUACAAGUCAACUACUCCCUGAAAGGUAUAGUGGAGAAGUAUAACAAAAUAAAAGUAACUCCCAAAAUGCCUAUGUGUAAGGUACACAGUGGGCAGCCCCUCAACAUUUUCUGCCGCACAGAUAUGCAGCUGAUAUGUGGUAUCUGUGCUACUCGAGGUGACCACACAAAGCAUGUAUUUUGCUCCAUUGAAGAUGCCUAUUCCCAAGAGAAGCGUGCUUUUGAGACUCUGUUUCAGGGCUUUGAAACAUGGCGUUGUGGGGAUGCACUCUCCCGGCUGGACACCUUGGAAACAAGCAAGAGGAAAGCACUCCAGAUGCUGACAAAGGAUUCUGACAAAGUGAAAGAGUUCUUUGAUAAACUGCAGCACACACUGGAGCAGAAAAGAAAUGAGAUUCUGUCUGACUUUGAGACCAUGAAGCUUGCUGUGAUGCAGGCAUAUGACCCAGAAAUCAAUAAAUUAAACACCAUUCUACAAGAGCAACGAAUGGCUUUUAACAUUGCAGAAGCUUUUAAGGAUGUAUCUGAGCCCAUUAUAUUUCUGCAACAGAUGCAGGAGUUCAGGGAAAAAAUCAAAGUGAUUAAGGAAACCCCUUUGCCUUGUUCCAGUGUAGUCAUCAACCCUACAAUAAAAAGCUUUGAUACCAGCCAAUGGGAUGGUGUAAAACUAAUAGAUGUGGACAAGCUUUCUUUGCCUCAGGAAAACAGUACACUUAAUUUCAAGAUUCCCUCAGUCUUUUCACACAGAUUUAUAGUGACUUCUCUGAUUUGCUUAUUUCUCCUUGGAGUUACCAGAAUGACCUUUGUAGAAUCUGUCUUUGACAAUCUUCAGUGCUGGAAAACUCAACUCUUUACAAUUGGGUCAUCCUACCUGGCAGAUACUGUGGUUAUAGCUGAUCAUGCAGUGUUCUAUUGGGAGCAAAUGACAGAUGGAGCUUUUCUUCUAAGUGAAAAGUGCAAAAAUUAUACACUAGUAGUAUUGGAUAAUGUUGCACAAUUUGUGUGCAAGUAUAAACUAUUAUAAAAUGCAACAUAAAAGCACAGAUUAAGAUGCCCGAGAAAUGACUGGAACUCAGGUGUAGAAAACAGUUUAAAAAAAACCUUCAAAAUCUCUGACUUCUGAUGGAAGCAUAUAAGACUCAGAAUGUUUCUGGAGGAGUUGUUGUUCAUAUAGCUCUAGCACUGGUAUGCUGAAAGUGAAACCAAACUUUGGAAAACUAUACCUUUGCUUCUGAGAGCUUGUUUCAAAAUGUGUUUUUUUUUUUUUUUUUUUUAAUAAUGCAUUUCUUUGCUCUGACCAAAAUGUAAGGCAAAACUAACAAUGUGUAUAUAUAGUCAAAUAUUAAUAUAACUGAGUGAUUUUUUUUUUAAUGUCCUAUUGUAAAAACUGCUGGUCCUUCAAUGCAUCAACCUUUGUUGUUGUUGUUGUUACGGGAAGUUGUUUGAAAUUAAGAAGGAUGCUCCUGAUCGCCAGGAGAGGUAGGCUGUAAAGUUUGCCUAAGACUGGCCAGCCAUUUCAAAAUACCAGAUAUUAAAUUUCACUGAUGCCUCAUUCUGAUAUUCAGAGUACUAUAGAUAAAUUGGAUAUUACAGGGUUUAUAAAAAAGUCUUCAGGGCAGUCGUCUUGAACAAAUUGCAGCAUGAAAGAGAAACAUGUGGAAGUGAGUGGGGCAAAAUAAGCUGCAAGGUGCCCUUUUAUGUGCUGUGCAAUAACAUUUUGGUGUUUUUUUU